UCAAGCCAGCUUCUCUCAUCUCAGUAUCCCAGUAACCUACCCCAUUCCAAGCUUGAGGCACCCCAUCUUCUUACUAGUUUUGCUUCCUAAGCAGAAAUCUCAGAAAGAAAGAUGAAGAUAGGGAAGGCUCCUGAGCUCCUGAAGAAGGCGGCAGCAAUGUGCAAGAGCAAGACCGUCAGGCUCCUCAUCCUUGCCUCGCUCCAGCGUCGUAGGAUGGCCACGGCUGCCGUGGUCUCCCGCAAGAUCGAUGCGCUCAUUGUAGCCGACUGGGAGAGAGCGGACCGCCACAAGGCUCUCGCGCUGGGCAUGGUAGAGAAGAGACCGGUCAUCGUCCAUGAGAAUGACUUGGAGGCCAAUUUCUCUAGUCGCUUGGCGAUGUUCGGUCCAAAGAAUGGCCAUGGUUGCUUCCCAGCUGACCGAACACUACAUCCCCUCUUCAAUGAUGACCAUGAGAACUAUCGUUACACUGACGAUGAUGAUGUGGUACUUGAUUCAUGUGAUCAAGAUGAUGACGAUGAGCCAUCGGUCAUGGAUGUGAUCAAGAUAAACCCAGAAGUUGAAGGGUUGGAGUUCAACAUGGAGGUGGAGAUUGAUCAGGCUGCUGAUAUGUUCAUUAGGAGGUUCCGGCAACGGCUGAAACGAGGAAUUUUAGGGUCUUGUUUGCACAUGCAUGUACCUCGGUCUAGUGAUUUUUCUUCUUUUUAGGUGCCCACAAAUUAGAAUUUUUUGUUGAAAUAAUUAUGAAUAGGAGUUUAUGCUUGAAAAACGAUGAUCCGUAUUGCCAUUUGUUUUCAAAUAAUUAUGUCAACAUCUAAAAUCAUUCUGCCUUGCCCAACUUUUCCCCUCUACCAUCCCGUCCACCCACCCCGCACCUCACAAAGCUGAUUGUAUAUAUGCAGUACUCCUACCAUCGGUGACUUCCAUUGUCCCCUUGUGUUUUCUUUCACUUGAAGUCCCCAAAAUUUUUGCAAAAAAUGCCAACAAUUGACAUCAAAUGGCUUCUAUCUAGUGAUCUAAUGAACUCCGAGGCAAACCUACACCGCAAGUAGUCCAUCGUCGAUUCUUGACGCUACAACACACCCUGCAAAUAUGCCACACACACACCUUGCCCUCAUCUGCCCCGUGGCUGCUUAAUUCUGGACGAACCUUAGGCUCAUUGCCCCCUCUUCCAUGAAGCUCAUCUAGGAAAUGCACUGACCUCUGGGCCUUGAUACCAACAUCUGGCCCUUGGUUUCCCUUGUAGUUCUUUGGAAAAUUUGGAACUGGAGAAAAGCUCUAGCCUUCCAUGAUGAGGAUCACUAAUCUAGGUUAACUAUUAGAAACUUUGUGCACAAUUUGUCCCAAUGGAUCUUUACGUUGAAGGACAUCUCACAAAGGUACACUGCUAAGUCAUGGCAGCGAUAACUAUCCUCCCGCCUCGAUGCUCUUAUGAAAUAUGGUACUUGUGAUGUUUAGGUGGUAACAUAUUUUGGUGGGGAAGCUCCCCUCCCCCCGUGUUGACUGUUCAAAGAACAACAAUUGAUUCAAAUUGUAUUGUCCACAUAGCAAACCUUCACAUUGAAAGACCUAGCCUAGGAAUGAAAAAAGAAAAAUUCAGCAUUGAAUAGUUAG